CGUAAAGCCAGUUUGACGAAAAAAAAAUAUAUUCAAAACAUUAUUAUUUUGCAUUGAUGUAAAAUUAAAUAAUAAACAAUAAUAAAUAUAAAUCACUAUUUCUUUUGGUGUUUCGCUCAUGAUAUUUUAAUGAAAAGUGAAAACAAACAGAUUUUUUCAAGAAAAUAGAAAGUUAUAUUUUAUCAACUGAAAUUAAAAUGUGUAUUUUCUAAGUAUUCGGAGUAACAUCUUACAUCGCAGACUACACAGCUGACCACGGACCACUAGCUUGACAAUGAGCGCACCUUCUUACGACACAGGCCCGGAGCAUUUUCAACAAUUUCCGUCCAACAGAAUAAUAGUCAUUCACCCCGGCUCACUGUAUGUGCGCAUAGGCCGCGCGUCUGACUUGCUCCCGGUGAAACAGUUGCACUGCAUAGCGAGGAAGCGGCGGCCGGGCGGCAAGAUCUACCGCGACCCCUUCGUGCCGCCGAGCGUGCCGAAAACUAAAGAACUCAUCGAGGAGCUGGAGGAAUGCCGCCUGCAGAUAUCUCACACGCUGCAGUCGUGCCUGCAGGCGAGCGGCGCGCGGCGCUACGCCACGCCGCCGCAGCAGAUCGCCGCCUUCAACCGCCGCUCGCUGGGCGAGCCCUUGGGCGAAGGCGACCCGUGGCCGCAGGUGCAGUGCGACAUCGUCGUGGGCGACCUGGUACUGGACGUGGACCCCGAACUCGACUACAACGUGCACUUUCCCUUCCGGCGCGGCGACUUCAACUUGCACUCCGAGGUCGGCGGGUCGCUCUCCUCAGUCCUCAACGACCUCUACACCAUCUGGAGCUCCAUCAUAGAGUACAAGCUGGGCAUACCUCUGAUAGAGCUGGUGAAGUACCGUUGUGUCCUACUGAUUCCGGAUAUCUAUUCCAGAAGUCACCUGAAGUAUCUCACUUCCCUGUUAUUGAAAGAUUUGGGAUUCGGUCAUUGUUUCCUUGUUCAAGAAAGCGUAGGAGCUACAUUCGGCGCCGGGAUCGGCUCCGCUUGUGUAGUAGACAUUGGUGACCAGAAGACUGCAGUGUCGUGUGUAGAAGAUGGCAUCUCCCACAAGUCUACUAGAUUACGGAUGGACUAUGGAGCGGGAGAUGUCUGCCAAGCUCUAUCUUGGAUGUUUCAUAAGAGUGCUUUUCCAUAUAAAAACUGGAAUGAAAAUAUCCCACGAGAUGUUUUUCUGAUGCGCAAUCUGUACCAAGAUUUUUGUCAUGUCAAUUUAGAUGUUUGUGGACCCCAAGAGAAAACAUUUUUAGUUGACCAUCCAGGGGAUAUUAUAAAUAGAUAUACUUUGCAAGUUGGCGACGAGUGCAUCAUAUCACCUCUGUCAUUAUUCUACACAGACUUGCUAAAAAUAACAGGGCAGAAGAUGACAAAAAUACAGAACAGACAACUCAGUGAUGCUGAGGACCCUUUUGAUGCUGAAUUCUUAAGAGACACGGGUAGAAAAAGAGAAACUGCGGACCCCACAGCUAAUGAAAGUCAACAACUGGAAGGGCUUAAUGAAAGCCAGCCGACUGUGAACCCUGAUGAUGAUAUAGUUGUGGAUGCUUUGGAAGGUGUUCCAGGAGAGGUGACCUUGGCACCUGGACAGGUGUUGAGUUUGGACGCUGCAAUACUACAGAGUAUAGACUGCUGUCCAAAUGAAGAGUUGAAACGUAAAAUGUACAGUAGCAUUUUAAUUGUAGGGGGUGGGGUUAAAGUCCAUGGACUCAAUUUGUGGCUUCAAAAUAAGUUAGCGUUGCAGAUACCCUAUUCCUACAAGACGGAACAAUUAGAAAUAGUGACAUCCCCGAAGGACAUCGAUCCAGCCAGCACUGUGUGGAAGGGUGCUGCAGUCAUGUCCUGCUUGGAAUCUGCUAUAGAAUUGUGGAUUAAUCAGAAUGAAUGGAAUAGAUAUGGGUUAAAAAUAUUAAGGGAGAGAGCACCUUUCAUUUGGUAAAAUAAAGACUAUUAUUAGUAAUUUUUUAUGCAAUAAUUUAUUUACCUGUAUUUAUAUUCAAAGUCUUACAAUGUCUACAAUAUCUGAGAAUAAAAAUAAUUAUAAAUAUGA